AUGGAUGAUAAAAAUAGCACAGUUUUCAAUUGUGAUGUUCUAAUAUGUGGUACUAGUUUGUUGAACAGCUUAUUGUCAGUUUAUUUCUCCCUAAAAGGUUAUAAAGUAAUAAACAUUGAUAAAAAUAAUUACUAUGGUGAUGUAAAUUGUUCUUUGAGUUUCAAUCAAUUUCAAGAUGAAAAAAAUAACCUUCAUAACUUUUACGAAGAAUAUUUUCCUUUUUAUAAAAUAAAUAAUAGUCAAGAUGAAAGUGAAAAAAAAAAAGGGAAACCACAAAAAGAGAAAUUGAAAGAAAUUAUUAAAAAUUAUUUUCAAAUAAAUAGCAAUAAAUUUAACAUUGAUAUUAAUCCAAAAAUAUUAUAUAAUGAAAGUGAUAUUGUUAAUUUACUUUUAAAUUUAAAUGCCCAUACCUAUAUUAGCUUUGUGGGAAUGCAACAUUUUUAUUUAUCACACACAAAUGAUGAACACAAGGAAAAUGUUCUUAAUACGAAUGAUAAUAAAAAACAAAAUUCUGGUGAGCAGGCAAACAAUACAUUUACAAACAGUGAAAAACAAUCGGAUUUAAUAAUACUAAAAAUCCCACUAAAUAAAUCACAAGUAUUUUUAGACCCAAAUCUAACUCUUAUUGAAAAAAGAAUGAUAAUGAAUUUUAUUUACAAGCACAUUAUACAUGAUAAAAAUUACACAUUUUCACGUUUUUCAAAUUACAAUUUUAUAAAAACAGAAAACACACUACAAAACAACCAAUCACCAAUAAAAACUAAUUAUGAACACAAUCAGUAUGAUGAUCCAAAUAAAAAUUCUGUAAACAAUGAAACAUUAAAACGGGAAAUAAAUGAAAAAGAAACUGAAAAUAAUAAUAUUGAAGAUAAAACAAAAGAGCACGAUGAAAAUAUAAAUAUAUUAGAUUACUUAAAGACAUACAAAAUAACAGAUAAAUUAAUUGAUUAUGUUAUUUAUGGAAUAGGAUUAUUUGAAUUUGAAAUAGAAAAAACUAAUGAAAAAAAUAUAUCCGAAUAUUACUUAAAUGGAUUUACAAAAGAAAAAAAAUUUAUUAUGAAUAAAAGAGAAUUUAUGCAACGCUUUCAUAUAUUAAUAAACUCGUUAAACAAAUUUAAAUUACAAAAUUUGUUUGAAAAUGCUUUCAUUUAUCCAUCAUAUGGAUUGAAUGAUAUUAUAUUUUCGAUGUCAAGGGUAUCAUGUCUAAAUAAUGCCAUAUAUAUGAUUAACAGAAAAAUUAAAAACAUUAAUUACUCAAAGUUUCACACGCAAACCAAUCCUAUCGAAAUAAAUAAUAAAUAUAAUGAUAACGGUGAUAACUGUUUACCAAAUUUAUCACAAAUAAACGAAGUAAUUCUUGAUAAUGAAUAUGUUAUCAAACCGAGGUUUGUUAUAUCAUCUGGAUCUAACAUAAAUUUCCAUGAAAUAAAAAAAUUUCUUUUUUCCUCACCCCCCAAAAAAAUUAAUAGCUACAAUAGUAACCAAAAUGACAAUAUUAACAACAAUAGUAAUAAUAAAUUUCGUACCCAAAUUGUAACAAGCCGACUAAUUGUUUUAAGUACGUAUUCAUUUCUUGGAAAAGAUGGUGUAUCAUUUUUUAUACAUAAAGAUAAAAAUAAUAAAUAUAAGAAACAAACAAAUUCUCACAACUUAAAUACAAAUGUACAUAUAUUGCAAUUAGACUAUAGUAGUGGUUCAUGCCCUCCAGGUUUUUUUUUAACAUAUUUUACUUAUCUAGAAAUUAUAGAGGAACAAAAGAUAACAAAUAACAAGUUUAUCAACUUGCCUAAUAAUAUUAAUAAGGAUCAAAUAAACGAUAAAAAAAGUGAUACACACAUAGAAAAUCACAAACCAUUAAAUUAUUUGCUUUUAUUUGAUAUAUUAAAAUUAUUCAUAAAAAAAUCAAAAGGGCUUUCUAAUUCAUAUGUAGAUCAAUAUUUAUCAUCUAAAAAUGUAUAUAACGAUGAUUAUUAUGGAAUUAUGAACAAAAUAUGCGACUCUUUUAGCAACGACUUUGUAAAUAAUAAUAACUAUGCAUAUGAGUUUACAAAACUUGAAAGUGCAAAAAACGAAGAAAAAAAAGAAGCAAUGAAUUGUAGUUUGGCAUAUCAACAAAAUGGUGUAAAUAAUGUAAUUAAUAUUUACGAAUCUUAUUCACAAAAUAACAAAACUGUAGAAAAGAAACAAAAUAAAAGCAAUAAUUUUUUCUUAAAUUCUUUUAAUGAUUUAUUGAAAACUGAAGGCAUUAUUUAUUGUGCAUAUUACGAAUACAAACCUGUAAUAUACAGGAAAGAUACUAUUAAAUUAAUUAAUAAUAAUAUAGAGCUAUAUAAAAAAAUAUUUGAAAAUGUAGAAAAAAACAUUACAAGUUCCCAUAACAAUAUCGGAUUGAUAGAGAAAAAACAAUCCACACUGAAUUAUGCAACUGAGGAUGAAAAUAAAAAUAACGAAUCGAGCGAAAAAAAAAAUGUGCAUAUAAAUUAUAAUGAAAAAAACGAUUUAAAUAUUAAUAAUAAGGAAAACAUAAAACAAAAUAAAUCGUGUGAUGAUUUAAAUAAAAAAAAUAUUUAUCAACUUGAUGAAAAUGCAAAAAUUUGCAACUUGUUGUUUACUAAUGAUAUACACAAUUACCCUAUAUAUCCUCUCGUUGAAGAUGUCUCUACUUUUUUUUACAUUAUUAAUAAACUUAACAAUAAUUUUAGUCAAUCUGAUUAUUAUCAAACAACACAUGAUACAUUUGCCAAUAUGAUAAAAACAUAUUUUAAUAACAAUAAAAUAAAUAAAGUUUAA